AUGCGCUGUUCGUAUUUUGUACUUGCUGCUGUUCUCUGCUGCUCCUUGUGCGCCGGUCGUACGCUCUUCGAUGAUGAGCUACGUGAGUUCACUGAGUUUCUGCGUCUUCAGAUGCAUUGCGGUUAUCCAGAGCGUGGCAUACCCAUCCUGGCUCCCGCUCAGUUGGCCUAUAAAGAGCUAGAUAUCCACACGGAUAGCCUUAGUUGCAAAGGCAACUUUACGGAUCUCUCUGUGGUGGGUCUGGAUGGUUUCGAGUUCUUUCAGCUACAAUGGAAUAAUAUUUUUCACACCAUCAAAUUCGAUGUGAGCUUUCCGAGCAUACAGCUGAAGAGUGCCGCUUACAAGCUGGAUCUUUUGGGUCGCAUCUUUGGCGCCAACACCUCGUUGGGAUGCAAUGGUCGCUUCGAUCUGGAGCUGAUUAAUCUGCGCGCCAAUGGCAGCUUUGUGCUACGUCCCUCGGGUCUUACGAAUGGUGUGCACAUCACCAGCUGGAAUGUCGACUGGCAGCUGGGCAAAACCAUUUCCCAAACCACGGGCAUUGGGGGCACUCAAAUUGUUACCAAGUUUAUAAAUGCCAUUAUCCAAGAUUUUCUCGAGCUGCUCAUCAAUGAUAAUCCACAAGAGGUGUCCCAGUUUAUGGAGCAGUUGAUUGCGCCGCCCAUGAAUACGGUGCUUGAGAAUGUGGCCUGGUACGAGAUAACAGCUAUUAUAUUGGGCCUGGUCAAGGGCGUAUUACCCUUAGAGCCUAUUUGCUGAUAUCGGCAAGUUUCUCUCUUGUUUCGACUUAUUUUUGUUUAAU